UUUCUGCAGAUAGCCUGUCAAGUGCCCUACGGAACUACAUCAUGGGCCAUUCAGGACCUAUCUUCGAAAAUGACUACCAGACAGCUGUCGUAAGAACCAAUCUCGCCGCAAUAGCGUUUGGGCCGAAAGCGGUACGCCGGGAUGAGACGCUCUUCAACGACCUCCGCAAUAUGACCCUUACACGGGACGAGGGCGCCCCUAUCAAGGUGUCGGAAGCGCAGAUCGCGAAGUUCCGGGAACGAAGGGAUAUCGCCAAGCUCUGCGACGAGAUUCAGCAUACAACCGACAAGCUUGAGAAGAGCAGACUUUGCGGCCAAAUCAGCAGCAUCCUCGAGACUUACAAAAGGCUGCAGCUCGAAGAGGAUCGACAGGCCUACUUCAAGGAGGCGGACCGAUUGCGUCUCCAGGGUGGUGAGCCGACCCCAACGCCCGGCGCGGGGGGCCCGGGGAUAGCGGCUCCGGUGGCCGCCUGUCUAUCGCGCUGGAGACCGCAGGAUGGGGGCGAACUUCCAACGAACGACACAAGCGUAUCAGAGCAAGGCAGCGGCAGCGGCACCCUCUAA